ACAGGCCGGUACAAGCACACGCUGCAGUGAAUUCACAGACAAAAACUUAAACCCCCGUCAAUUUUCACUACCUUAUCUUCUUCCCUCCUCUCUGCAUUUCUCUGUCUCUCUCUCACACACGCCCAUCAACAAUGGCGAGCACCGAAGCUCAAAACGACUUCGAAACCCCAAAAAACGACUCCGAUUCCGACUCCGAGCCCGCCCCCAUUGAGCCCUCCGCCACCUCCUCCUCCUCCGAUUCCGACUCCGACUCCGACGACGAGCCCCUGAGCUACGUCCGGCCUGACGGCACGAUUCAGCAAAUAGAAGAUGGUUCCGAUGCCGAGAACACCCCCGAGGUGAACACCCGCCGCUUCGCCAGAAUUCUGAACUCAAAGCGGCUGCGGCGGGAGGAAGAGGAGGAGGAGGAGGACGCCGAGUACCCGGAGGACCAAUUCGACUUCCCGCCAGACCCGGAGAACUGGAAGGAGGAGGAUUUGAAGGAGCUAUGGGCGGAUGCCCCGAUUGAGAUGACCAAACCCGGUUGGGACCCGAAUUGGGUGGACGACGACGAGGUGGAGGUGAUAAGCGAGGAGAUUAAGGCCGGCCGCGACCCCCCCAUUGCGCCCUUUUAUGUGCCCUAUAGGAAGUACUAUCCCGUGAUUCCGGAUAAUCAUUACGAUAUAUCCAACCCCAAGGCGGUCAUUGAGGAGCUGGAUAGGAUUGAGGAGUUUUUGAUUUGGGUUAGCUUCAUUUUCGAGGAUGGGAGCUCGUAUGAAGGUACUGUCUGGGAUGAUAUGGCCCAUGGCAAAGGUGUCUAUGUUGCUGAGCAAGGCCUAGUCAGAUAUGAAGGAGAAUGGCUCCAAAACCAAAUGGAAGGUCAUGGAGUGGUUGAAGUGGAGAUUCCCCAAAUGGAGCCUAUUCCUGGUUCCAAGCUUGAAGCUAAGAUGAGAGCUGAAGGGAAAAUCAUAUCAAGAGAUUUCAUGUCACCAGAAGAUAGAGAAUGGUUGGAGAUGGAUAUUGAAGAUAGUUUGCGUUUAGCUAAUGGGGAGUACGAAAUUCCCUUCUACGAAAACGAUGAGUGGAUCCGGCAAUUUGGACAGAAGCCGGAGAAAGGUAGAUACCGAUACGCUGGUGAAUGGAAACAUGGGAGGAUGCAUGGUUGUGGUGUAUAUGAAGUUAAUGAGCGAACAACCUGGGGUCGAUUCUAUUUUGGCGAACUUUUGCAUGAAGAGCAUGGGUGUGAUGAAGAAAUAUCGGCGCUCCAUUCAGGAAUAGCAGAGGUUGCAGCUGCUAAGGCCCGUAUGUUCGUCAACAAGCCCGAUGGAAUGGUCAGAGAAGAUAGAGGUCCUUAUUCUGAUCCCCAACAUCCCUAUUUAUACGAGGAAGAGGAUGUAUGGAUGGCACCAGGCUUCAUCAAUCAGUUUUACGAGGUUCCAGAUUACUGGAAAAUGUAUGUCCAUGAAGUUGACCAGGAGAGGGAGUUGUGGUUGAACUCGUUUUAUAAAGCUCCGCUUCGCCUACCCAUGCCUUCUGAACUCGAGUAUUGGUGGUCGAAUUAUGAAGAACCAGAAUUUGUGCUGAUUAAUAAAGAACCCGAACCUGAUCCUGAAGAUCCGUCACAACUGAUCUACAAUGAGGAUCCCGUGAUUCUGCAUACUCCUACUGGCCGGAUUAUAGACUACGUGGAUGACGAGGAGCACGGAAUCAGAUUAUUUUGGCAGCCUGCUGCUAAAAAGGAGGGCGAAGAACCCGACCCCGAUGAGGCUGAGUUUCUUCCACUCGGCUUUGAUGAAUUUUACGGACGCGAAGUCAGUGCUCCAGAGGAUAGCUGGCUGAUACGCCUCGUCAAAUCCAUGGAAAAUAAAGGGACGUCGAUGUUGGGUGGAUUGGAGAAAUGGGCCGAAGAGAAGAAGAAAGCCAGAGAGGCUAAGCUGGAACUGUUGAAGAAAGAAAUGGAGCUGAUGGAUGCUGAAAUGGAUUUGAAAGAAGCCAUUGAAGAUUUGGAUGAGGAGCUCAAGAUGUUGCAGCAAGAGGAGGAGAAUAAAAUGGAAGAGGAGGAAGAAGAACUGGUCGAGGAGGAGAAAGGGACUUUGAUUUCUGAAACAACAACUCAACAAGUGGACCAAACGCCUCCAGUAGCUGAGGAUGAAAAUGAAGAUGAAGAUGAUGACGAUGAUGAUGCUACGGGUUCUAGCUUUGGAUCAGUCCAAGGCCAGAGCUCCACAAAUAAAGACGACAAGGGUAACAGAUUUGGAAAAUCUACAUUUGCAGCAUCUUCUCUUGCCUUUGGUAACCAUAGUCUUGUUUCCUUGGUGCCAAAAAACUUGCAGAACCAGUUCUCGAGGUGGAAAGAGGGGAGGUUCCAGAAGCGUGCCGCUAAUCUGCAUCAACAAGAUCAAUAUGAGGUGCUGAACUCGUCGAGUGUUAGAUUUCCCCUCAGUGGGAAAAGCUUGAAAAUGAGAUGCACGGGGCAGCCAACGAAUCAUGUGAGACAUGCCUCCAAGCGAAGCUUGAGAAAUCGGGCGAAGACGAAAGCUUCGAAGGAGGUAGGAUCUGCUGUGGAGUUGAACAUAUUGUCAUUCCAUACACCACUACCUCUUACAUGACUAGUGAGACUGCGAGUCCCUGUGCCCAUUUUUGUAAUGUCAAAUUAAAUGAGUUGUGUUUCUUCUCAGCUUCAUACUCCCCUCCCAAGUUGUGAAGACAUACAUUUUGUAAUAACUCUUGAAUAAUUCCAUUAUUUUGAUUAAAUUUAUGUUUUUUU